GCUCGCACAUGCGCAGUCGCUCUCUUGUCGGUGAGUGAGUGGCGAAGAUGGCGUGCUCCGCGCGCUGGAUGGCGGCUGCGGUGUCCUCGGGUCACAGACGGGCCUGCUCUCCUCUCCUGUCCAGCGCGGAUGAAGUCCGUAGGAGCAUCUCGACGCUGUCGGGCCGCCGGGUGUGGACUGCGGUGACACUGAGAGGCAUGACAGCGGUGAGCCCUUCUUCUCAUGUCAUCUGUAAGAUGUGGUUCCACACCAGCUCUCCUGCCAGAAAACAGGAUUUCUACCAGAUCCUAGCAGUUCCACGCACAGCCACGCAGAAGGAGAUUAAGAAAGCUUAUUACCAGAUGGCAAAGAAGUAUCAUCCAGACACUAACAAAGACGACCCUCAAGCGAAGGAGAAGUUUGCACAGCUAGCUGAGGCCUAUGAGGUGCUCAGUGACGAGGGGAAGAGGAAACAGUAUGACACGUAUGGCUCUGCCGGGUUUGACGCGGGUCAGGCCGGUGCGGGACACCAGCAGUACUGGAGCGGAGGGAGCAGCAUCGACCCCGAGGAGCUUUUCCGCAAGAUCUUUGGCGAGUUUUCCGGAGCUCGAGGCUUUGGGGAUUUCAACGCCAUCUUCGAUCAGCCACAAGAGUAUGUGAUGGAGCUCACGUUCGCUCAGGCUGCCAAAGGAGUGAAUAAGGAGAUGAAGGUCCACAUCGAGGACACGUGCCAGCGCUGCAGCGGCAGAGGCCAUGAGCCCGGAUCCAAAGUCCAGCACUGCGGCAGCUGCAACGGGACAGGCAUGGAGACAGUGAAUACGGGGCCCUUCGUGAUGCGCUCCACCUGCCGGCGCUGUGGUGGGAGGGGCUCGGUCAUCACCUCGCCCUGUACGACGUGCCGCGGGACGGGACAGACCAAACAGAGGAGGACCGUCACGGUGCCUGUUCCUGCUGGAAUCGAAGAUGGGCAGACAGUCCGAAUGCCUGUGGGGAAGAAAGAGAUCUUCAUUACGUUCAGAGUCCAGAAGAGUCCGAUCUUCAGGAGAGACGGUGCUGAUAUCCACUCUGAUGUCAUGAUCUCUGUGGCUCAGGCCAUACUGGGCGGCACGGUCAGAGCACAAGGACUCUACGAGAACAUCAAUCUCUCGAUCCCAUCUGGGAUCCAGGCCGACCAGAGGAUCCGGCUCUCUGGUAAAGGUAUUCCACGGGUCAGCGGCUACGGUUAUGGUGACCACUACGCCCACGUCAAGAUCAAAAUCCCAAAGAUGUUGACAGACCGGCAGCGAGCCCUCAUGAUGAGUUACGCGGAGGACGAGACCGAUGUGGAGGGAACCGUCACUGGAGUGACCAGCACCACCGCAGGAGGGGGCAGUAAUCAGACCGGCACAGGACACAAACAGAAAGACCAAGGCUUUUUCUCCAAAUUACAGAAAAUGUUUAGCUCCUCCUGACAGCCACAAACCAGGUAAAAGAUCCACUGGAAAUUGAGACUUUAGUGGAGAUUCAGAUUCACGGUAAACCUGAUGGACAUAGAAGAGAAGCAAGCGAGUCUUCUGCUGCAUUGAGUUCAUCUUGAACGCUCCUCAGAAACUACAAAUGAUGAAGAGCUGUGGAUGCAUUAUUGACUUCUAAGAGAAGAUCCCAGAGGAAUAUGAUCUACACACAUGUACCCGUCUUACCUGAAACUGUGUGAUAUCAGCCUUAGCGCCAACAUGAACUAUAUAGAUCUCGUCUUUGGUCUGUAGUUUUACGUUAAGGUUUUACGUAGUCGGGUCUUUCCUUUUCUGAUGUUUUGAAGCGAUUCAUAAACGGAUGGGAAAUCUUUACUUCAGUAACAAUAUCAUUUCAGAAUCAUUGCAGAAGAAUGUGUUCAAGAUCUUUGUGUGGACACCUCACUGAACGUUACAUCCUUCUGCUUGAUUAGCAGUGUACAUAGACAGCUGUUGAUAUAAAAAUCAUUUUAAUGUGUUGUAGAGUUAAAUAUGCAAUAAUAAUGAUUAAAAUCUGUGUGACAACUGUAAAUGACUUUGUUGUUGAAUAUAUGGUGUGUGUGUUUUAACCUGGUGCAUUAUU